AUGGAGGAUUAUGAAAUUGUAGCUUUGACAGAAGAGUGUAGUGCCAUAAUUCAAAAGAAACUUCCUCAAAAGUUGAGAGAUCUGGGCAGUUUCACUAUACAUUGCACCAUAGGGAAUUUUCAUUGGGAGAGGGCUUUAUGUGAUCUAGGUGCAAGCAUUAAUUUAAUGUCACUGCCUGUACUUCGAAGACUUGGUUUGGGGGAAGCUAGGCCCACUACGGUUACUCUACAACUGGCUGACCAUUCAUUGACGCACCCCCGAGGUAUUAUUGAAGACGUUCUUGUCAAAGUGGACAAAUUCAUUUUUCCUGCUGAUUUUAUUGUUCUUGAUAUGGAGGAAGAUGAAGAUGUUCCAAUUAUUUUGGGAAGACCGUUUUUAGCCACUGGUCAAGCUUUGAUAGAUGUUCAAAAAGGAGAGUUAAGGCUGAGGGUGUAA